GACGCCCAUUAAUCCUCAUCAGUCUCGCACGGACUUUCAAGUGAAAAGCAGUAGACAUCAAAUCUUUUAUAUACUUUGCUAAAAUCGGUUUUAUCGGUCACGACACUCUCAAUUUCAAAAAAAAAUCGUAUUUCAAGCAAAAUGAGGCUGAACUCGAUCGUGCCGAAUUUCAAAGCCGAGACGACUCAGGGUUCCAUUGAUUUUUGGGAAUGGCAAGGAGAUUCAUGGGUCGUCAUUUUUUCUCAUCCUGCUGAUUUUACACCUGUGUGUACUACCGAACUUGGUCGCAUCGCCGUUCAUCAUCCGCAUUUCGUAAAGAGAAAUACCAAGCUCCUUGCUCACUCAGUUGACAAACUCAAAGAUCACGUUCACUGGGUUAAUGACAUCAAAAACUAUUGCCAAGAUAUUCCCGGGGCUUUUCCGUACCCGAUUAUAGCCGAUGAGAAUCGUAGUUUGGCUGUUCAACUCGACAUGAUCGACGAAGCUAACAAGAACAAUCCUGAGCAUGCUUUGACUGUUCGUUCACUGUACAUCGUCAGUCCUGAUCACCGUCUUCGUCUGAGUAUGCAGUAUCCAGCUUCUACAGGAAGAAAUGUCGAUGAGAUUCUCCGAGUUAUCGAUUCCCUCCAGCUCGUCGAUCGCGUACCCCAAAUAGCUACACCCGCCAAUUGGGUUCCCGGUGAGAAAGUUAUGAUUCUGCCGACUGUGUCAAACGAAGAGGCCGGUAAACUGUUCCCCGGUGGAGUCGACGAAGUCUUGAUGCCUUCCGGAAAAGUUUACAUCCGCACGACUACUGAUUACUAAUCAAUAUUCAUUUUAAAUUCAGCACUUUUCACUCUCGUACGUGUCUUUUAUAAUACUUGAACACUGUGUACUCUAUUAUUUGGAUAAAUAUACUAGCUUCUAUGUAAAACGAA